AUGGAGAAAAUGCUCUUUUCUCUGAAGAGCCCUAGUGCCACAUGGCUGAGCCCCAGCUCCACUCCCUGGAUGAUGGAUUUGAUCCUCACCAGUGUGUGUGGCCUGGUGCUCCUCUACCUGUUACUCUCCUACCUCCACAGUGACCCGCCCUCACCCCCGCCCGGGAGGAAGAGGAGCAGCAGGGAGCCUCAAAGGGAGAGAAGGGGGAGGUCCAGGAGCAGAAAGAAGAUCUCAGCUCUGAAAGCUUGCAGAAACCUCCUGAGGGAGCUGGAGGAGACUCGGGACCUGAACAACCUUCUGGAAAGCCACCUGAGGAAGCUCGCUGGCGAGGGCGGCUCCCAUCUGCCCUUAGGUGGAGAACCCCCGGGUGACGUGUGCAAACCAGCGCCUGCUAAGGCCCACCAGCUGCAUGGGAAAUGCAUGCCAGAUCUGUCUCCCACCAGCUUGUCCCCAGCAGCUCCCCCAGCUCCUCUGGCCUCCACUCAGUCACCAGGUCCGAUGACCUUCUCAGAGCCUUUUGGACCACACUCAACCCUGAGCGCCUCCGGGCCUCCAGAGCCCUUGCUUCCCCUAAAACACCCUUUCAUCCACCCUGACGUGCAGAAGCUGCUGGAGACUCUCAUUGCCAAGAGAGCACUGAUGAAGAUGUGGCAGGGGAAAGAAAGGGAACGGGCCAACCACCCGCAGAUGACAUCACUGGGGAAGGAGUGGGACAUCACGACUCCAAAUCCCUUCUGGAACGUGUCAACUGAACCACAACAGCUGCCCCGUCCUCAGCAAGUCUCUGACGCCACAGCGGUGGGGGACCACUUGCAGCAGAAAUGCAGCCAGCUUUUCUGGAACCUCCCAUCUUUCAACAGCGAGUCCCUGGUAGCCACAGCCUGGGUUUCUAGCAAGCCUUCCUCACAGAAUGCGCAUUCCGUAUCAUUGGAUGAAGCCUCCACUUCUCUUCCAGGUGAACCUGAGGUCGAGGUAUCCUCAGAGCUUUCCCAGGCACCGCCUUCCUCACAGAAUGCGCACUCUGUAUCAUUGGAUGAAGCCUCCACUUCUCUUCCAGGUGGACCUGAGGUCGAGGUAUCCUCAGAGCUUUCCCAGGCACCGCCUUCCUCACAGAAUGCACACUCUGUAUCAUUGGAUAAAGCCUCCACUUCUCUUCCAGGUGAACCUGAGGUUGAGGUAUCCUCAGAGCUUUCCCAGGCACCGCCUUCCUCACAGAAUGCACACUCUGUAUCAUUGGAUGAAGCCUCCACUUCUCUUCCAGGUGAACCUGAGGUCGAGAUAUCCUCAGAGAUUUCCCAGGCACCGCCUUCCUCACAGAAUGCACACUCUGUAUCAUUGGAUGAAGCCUCCACUUCUCUUCCAGAAUGGCUGUACCUGGAGGAGGCUGGCAGGGACAUGGAGAACCCCCUCUUCUCCCUGUCCAGGGAGAAACCGUGUCUGGUUUCCAAGCUGGAUCAUGACCCAGAGUCUUCAGGACGUGUAAGGACAGCAAACCCUAUGGCGACCCCACCGGGUCUGGCUCACUGCAUCCCCGUUCUCACUAAGGAGGUACCCAGGGCUGCUGCCUGGCCCCCUGGCGGGACUCUGUGGUCAGGAACCACAGGAGGGGACCUAGGCCCAGGGUGGGGGGUGGGAGAAGAAUCCGGGAAGACGAACAUAAGUUCGCAAGUGCAGGAUCCACAAGCUGCCCACAGCUGUAACCAGGGUCCUCACAGUCCAGUGAUCAUUACAAGUAAAAGUGGUCAGUGCCACUCCCAGGGCAGAGGGACCCAGAAGGCAAGGGCUGGCCUGGGUGACACAGCACAUCUAUGGCUCCAAGCCCAGGUGCUGGCAGGGGACACACUGGGCCUCAGAGGAUCUGGUCACAUGGUUCACAGGGAGAGUCCCCACAGGGCACGGUCCUGGGCUCCUCCAUCCUGGUGCUGGGUCCCUCCUGGCCAUCCCCAGGGAAGGCAGGAGCAAAGGCAGGAGCUGGUUCCCCAGAGGGCUCUGCCCAAGGGAGAGGUCCGCGCACGUGCAGGGGUUGCUGGGAGGCUAGACAAGGGGACAGCGCCUACCCAGGGCGUGGCGGGACCCAUGCGGGAGACCUGUUUUGGAAAAGGCCCUGGUGUCACUCUGGGGCCCAGGCUACUGCUGGAGCCAAGUCCUGUCUGGGGUGGUGACCUGGGCAGCUCCAGUGUGGCCCAACAUCUAUGGGACCCGGAUCCUGGGACCUGCAGCAGAGGAGCACCCACAGAGACCCCUGUACACCCCAACACUCAAAGAUUCCCACAUUCAUCAGAGAUUCUAGAGAUUCCCCCAUAG